GGCUACAAUAUCUUUAUAAUGUAGAAAUUGAAGUAGAUUGGUUUGGAGUAAUGUUUUUAGCAGAAGGCAUUGCUGAUUGCCUUGAUUUAAUAAACAUAUUGCGCGGAACAAUGCAAGAUUUUAAAACGUUAUCAGCAACAAUAAAAGAAUUUGUAAAAACAAAAAUAUCUUUACCCAGUUCAUCAACUACUUCAUCUCCAGCUAAUUUAUCACCAUCAGAAGAAUUUAUAGAAAUAGUUACAACUACGUUAGCAAAAAACAG